AACCUUGACACACACAUGCGCACACACCUUAGGGGAGGUGUUAUUCUUUACUUUGUGCAGCUACAGGUGGGUUGAUUCAUUCUUGCAGGCACGGACGUUGUUGCACCUGUGCCAGUCUCUGCUCUGGUAGCAGUCUCACUCACAGGUAGACGGACUCCGGACACUGAUUCAUCAACUACUUUUGUAACAGGCAGAGCAGGCAACAGAUGGCACACAGACAGCAGAGUUGGGGACAGAUAUGCAGGGACAGACUGGCAGAGACAGGGAGUCUCAGAUCUUACAGGAUGAACAAAGAGUACACCGAGGUCAGUCCCUCUGAUCCCUCCGUCAACGCCAACACCACCACCCUGUCCGCGGUGAAGGCCGAGAUCGACUACAAGCACAAGAAGUGCCGCUACGUCCGCAAAGAUGGCAAGUGCAAUGUCCUGUUCCGCCAUGUUCCUGAGGAGUGGCUCAUGUACGUCACCGACAUCUUCACCACGCUGGUGGAGAUCAGAUGGCGCGUCAUGUUCCUCAUCUUCGCCCUCUCCUACAUCUUCUCCUGGCUCUUCUUCGGCAUCAUCUAUUGGGUGAUUGCCAUGGCUAACGGCGACAUGAAGGACCCUACUAAUGCCCCCUGUGUGUACGAGGUGAGGGACUUCACCGGGGCUUUCCUCUUCUCACUGGAGACCCAGACCACGAUCGGUUAUGGUUUUAGAGGGAUGUCGGAGAACUGCAUGGUGGCGAUCAUUGUUGUGACUGUGCAGGACGUCAUCAGCUGUUUUAUUGACACAUUUGUCAUCGGUAUCGCUGUGGCGAAGAUGGCAUCGGCACGGAAACGGGCGCAGACGGUGGGCUUCAGCAACUGCGCCGUUAUUAACUUGCAAAAUGGGCAGUUGUGCCUGUCUUGGAGGAUUGGGGACUUCCGCCGGCACCACAUGGUGGAGGGGAAGGCUCGCGCCCAAAUCUUCCGCCCCAACAUGCACGCCACGGGCAGGGAAGAUGUCAACUACAAGGACCUGGAAAUCAAACAGAGUGAUUUAAUUUUAGCGAUACCAACCACCAUCUUCCACGUUAUUGAGCCAAGUAGUCCACUCUACCGCAUGAGCCUAGAGGAGCUUCGGAAAGAUGACUUUGAGUUGGUGGUGUCCUUCACCUACACAGACGACUCGACGGGCAUCCUGCACCAGACCCGCACCUCCUACACGCCCGACGAGAUCCACUGGGGACAUCUGUUCCAAGAGAUGCUGAAUGUAAACCGGAGGUACUAUAAGGUAGACUACUCCAUGUUCCACCACACUGCUAAGGUCCUGGUUCCGGAGGUCAGUGCAGAGGAGUACGAGCAAAUGAAGCUUGGGUGUUACCCACGCCACUCACCGCGCCCCAAGCGCCCAUGCAUUAAUCGCAAACCCCCGACUGUGACUGUAGAACUGGUGAAUGGCACCCCAGAACCAGAGGAACAUGUAGCCACGGUUGCCACUAUUGCAGCAGUUUGUGAGGAUCACGGACAUUUGUGUCUUACAAGGAACCCCGUUCUGACAUAGAUGUUCUACUGAUAUGAUGAUGCUUACACAGUGAUCAAUGGCCAUUCAGAAACAUAUGAACUCAUGGACAAUUUGAUAAUUUCUUCACAGGCAACAGUAAGAGCAGGCUGUGUUCUUAGUGGAUAUUUUUGCAGGAAGUAACCCCCCCAACCCGCACACACACACACACACACACACACACACACACACACACACACACACACACACACACACACACACACACACACACACACACACACACACAAAUGUGGAAACUGCUGUUGUGUUGCUUGCUAAGUUUUUUUGUCAAACUUAGUAUCUAUGGUGGAGUCACAAUAUAAUACGAACAAUUAUACAAUGUCUGCUCCUCAAUAUGAUAGAUAGGCUACUGAAAUCAAAGAGAUACAGGAAAUGAAUAAAAAUAAGAUAAUCAUGAUUUUUAUGGAGAGGUUAUGGUAACUUUAUACUGUCAUCUACAACAAGAAAGUACUAUAUAGAGAUUCAUUUAUUUUCAGAAAAUGUUUUGAGGUGUAGGAAAAAAUGCUGUUUUAUUUUGUGAGUGCUUUGUAAAAUAUGUACAGUGCCUUCAGAAGUACCCCUUGACUUAUUUCACAUUUUGUUACAGCCUGAAUACAAAAUGGAUUAAAUAUUUUUUUCUCACCCAUCUACACACAAUACCCCAUAAUGACAAAGUGAAAGCAUGUAUUUAGAAAUGAUUGCAACUUUAUUUAAAAUGAAAUACAAAUCAAAUUUACAUAAUUUACAUAAGUAUUCACACUCCUGAGUCAAUACAUGCUAGAAUCACCUUUGGCUGCGAUUACAACUGUGAGUCUUUCUGGGUAAGACUCUAAGAGCUUUGCAUACCUUUUUGUACAAUAUUUGCACAUUAUUCUUUUAAAAAUUCUUCAAACUCUGUCAAGUUGGUUGUUGAUCAUUGCUACACAGCCAUUUUCAAAUAUUGCCAUAGAUUUGCAAGCCGAUUUAAGUCCAAACUGCAACUUUGCUAAACAGGAACAUUCAUUGUUGUCUUGGUAAGCAACUCCAGUGUAUAUUUGGCUGUGUUUUAGGUUAUUGUCCUGCUGAAAGGUGAAUUUGUCCCCCAGUGUCUGCUGGAAAGCAGACUGAACCAGGUUUUCCUCUAGGAUUUUGCUGGUGCCUAGCUCUAUUCCGUUCAUUUUUAUCCUAAAAAACUCCCUAGUCCUUGCCGAUGACAAGCAUACCCAUAACAUGAUGCAACCACCAACAAGCUUGAAAAUAUGAAGAGUGGUACUCAGUGAUGUGUUGGAUUUGUUGAAACAUAAUAGUACAUUUCUUUGCCACAUUUUUUACAACUUUAGUGCCUUACUGCAAACAGUAUGUAUGAUUUGAAAUUGUUGCAUUCUGUACAGGCUUUCUUCUUUUCACACUGUCAUUUAGAUUAGUAUUGUGCAGUAACUACAAUGUUGUUGAUCCAUCCUCAGUUUUCUCCCAUCACAGCCAUUUAAAUCUGUUUUAAAGUCAGCAUUGGCCUCAUGGUGAAAUCCAUGAGCGGUUUCCUUCCUCUCUGGCAACUGAGUUAGGAAGGACGUUGUGUCUUUGUAGUGACCGGGUGUAUUGAUAUACCAUCCAAAGUGUAAUUAAUAACUUCACCAUGCUCAAAGGGAUAUUCAAUGUCUGCUUUUUGUAUUUUUACCCAUCUACCAAUAGAUGCCCUUAUUUGCGAGGCAUUUGAAAACCUUCCUGGUCUUUGAGGUGGUCAUUCAGAAAUAAUGUUAGACACUAUUAUUGCACACAGAGUGAGUCCAUGCAACAUAUGUGACUUGUUAAGGAACUUUUUUACUCCUGAACUUAGUUAGGCUUGCUGUAACAAAGGGGUUGAAUACUUUUGGACUCAAGACAUUUCAGCUUUUAAUUUUUAAUUAAUUUGUAAAAAUGUCUAAAAACAUAAUUCCACUUUGACAUUAUGGGGUAUUGUGUGUAGUGACACAAAAUCUCAACUUAAUCCAUUUUAAAUUCAGACUGUAACAGAAAAUGUGGAACAAGUCAAGGGGUGUGAAUACUUUCUGACGGCACUGUACAUGAGUAUGUUGAACACAAUGAUGUACCAACACAUUACAGAAAUGUUAAGCACAGUAGAAUGAAGUGUUUUGCUUGUUGUGUGGUUAGUUUAAAACAUGAUACUUUUGCACACACGCUGUGUUCAAUACACAUUUACAUCUGUUGCUUUUAUAAACUGAUCAUUAAAAUGAUUCACUGCACAGCAAAUUGGCCAGUGUUAAUUAGUGUUGAUUUUUCAAUGUAACAUUUCUAGUGUUGAUUCAGGAAUUAAAUUAACUCCGUAAGAUUUCAAUUAAAACUCAGUGGUGUAAAAUAA